AUGGAUCAAACAAAUGGUCAGCAAAUGAAUUCUCCGUUCGAUAAUUCUGGCAACACUAAUAACAGUACUAAUAAUACUAACAAUAAUACUAAUAAUAAUGGGAACAAUGAUGGUAGUGACAAUGGCUAUCAUUUAUGGAACCAAGAUUAUCUAAGUCCAGGUCACCCUCAAGUAUCUCUAGACUCACAAAUGAAUUUACAAAAUAAUCAUAUCCAACAACAGAAAAAUGAAAAACAGCAUACUCCAACUUUCAUAUUCACUAAUCCCUGGGAUAAUAAUGAAAAGAUCCCACAACAAAAUUUACAGUACUCCCAGAAUUAUGAAACUUAUGGUAUGUCAAAUGAAGACUUUGAAGCAUUUAAAAGAAGAAAGUCAAGUUUGGUAAUACCUCCCGCUAGAGCGCCUGCUCCAAAUCCAUUCCAUUAUGAUAAGUAUCCCCUUUACAGCAACAUUAAUAAUAAUAAUAUCAAUAAUAGCCAUAGACCCUCCCUGGGCUCUUCUUCAUCAUCUUUGGCACCAAUGAAUCUUCAAAUGUCUAAUCCUUCAUUAUAUCAACAGCAGGCACAACAAGCUCAAGAUUUAUUUGAAAAACAGCAAGCUCAACAACAACUAUUAUCCUCCAGAUUUCUUCCUUCCUUUUAUAACGCUCAUAAUCAAGAUGCUCAAAGAAGACAAAGUCUGGCGGCACCGUAUUAUUCACAAACUUAUCAAAGUAAUCCAUCUGUCGCAGGUUCAAAAGCUAAUUCCAUAACCCCAAGUAAUGCUAUACCAGGUAGCAACUCUACUAACAAUUACUCCACUAAUGCACCAAAUAUGACCUCUUUACCAGCAAUUCUUCCAUACAGAAGAUUAAGUGCGUACCCUUCCAGUACUGCUCAUUUAUUGCAUCCAUCAAAUCUUCGGAUGGCAGCCACAGAUGCUGAUUUGUUACAGCAACACCUGUAUCCUCGCCCUCAAUCUCAAUAUACUGUACCAUCUUUACAAAAAUGCAGCUCUAAAAGUGAUUUACAACCUAUCGUGAAUCCAACUCCAAAAUUUAGAAGAGCUUCACUACAUUCAAAGACAAUAUCUCCACUUGUAGGUUUAACAAAAAAUUUAAUAACAACUUAUCAAUUAUGUUCAUCAGAUUUCACUUAUAAGACUUCAAAAAAUCCAAAGAGGGUCCUAACAAAACCAAAUGAGGCAAAAUUGAAUAAUGGUUAUGAUAAUGUCAAUAGUGAUUAUAUCCUAUACGUUAACGACGUACUUGGUACUGAGCAAAGUAGAAAAUAUCUCGUAUUGGAUAUCUUAGGACAGGGUACAUUUGGUCAAGUGGUCAAGUGUCAAAAUUUACUUAAUAAGGAAAUAAUAGCAGUCAAAGUUAUAAAAUCGAAAUCGGAAUAUUUAAAUCAAUCAAUAACUGAGGCUAAAAUAUUGGAAUUGAUCAAUACCAAGAUCGAUCCAAAUAAUGUUCAUCACUUCUUAAGAAUGCAGGAUUCAUUCAUUCACAGAAAUCAUUUAUGUCUAGUUUUUGAACUUUUGAGUAAUAAUUUAUACGAACUGUUAAGACAAAAUCAAUACCAUGGUUUAUCAAUCCAGCUAAUUAAAAUCUUCACGAAGCAAUUAUUAGAUUCACUUUGUAUAUUGAAGGAUAAUAAAUUGAUUCAUUGUGAUUUAAAACCAGAAAAUAUUUUACUUUGUUCACCUGAUAAGCCUGAUAUAAAAAUUAUCGAUUUUGGUUCAUCCUGUGAGGAGACAAGAACCGUAUACACUUAUAUUCAGUCUAGAUUCUAUCGAGCCCCAGAAAUUAUAUUAGGUAUCCCAUAUUCAACGAGUAUUGAUAUGUGGUCGUUGGGUUGUAUCGUAGCUGAGUUGUUUCUCGGUAUACCGAUCUUCCCUGGGUCAUCAGAAUUUAAUCAGUUAACAAGAAUUAUCACGACUUUAGGAUAUCCUCCAAAUUGGAUGCUUGAAAUGGGUAAGAAUACUUCAAAAUUUAUGAAAAAAUCAGAGGAGUGUGAUCAAUCCAUGAAAUAUAAACUAAAAACUAUUGAUGAAUUUAAUUGCGAUUUUGAAAAAGCUAAUGAACAACCAGGUAAAAAAUAUUUCAAAUGGGACAAGUUGAACGAUAUAAUUAGAAAUUAUAGGAUCCCAAAAACCAUACAAAACUCCAAUGAUUUGGUCCAGCAAGAAAUGAACCACAGAGAAUGCCUAAUUCACUUCCUUUCGGGAAUUUUAAAUUUGAAUCCUUUAGAAAGAUGGACUCCACAGCAAGCUUCUUUGCAUCCAUUCAUUACGAAUCAACCAUUUACUGGUGAAUGGUACCCACCGGGUUCAUUUAAUAGAAAUUUAGAUGAUAGGACGUCACAAUUCAACAAUUUGAAGAUAGAAGAGCAAUGA